AUGGAGUCGCUUACAUCGGUCUAUGCCAAUGAUAAAAUCAUGGCAACAGCAACCACGAGACUGUUCUUCAUCUUGACCAACUGGAAGCAGAACAGAGGGGGCUUGACACUGGAGCUUAAUGCAUACUCACCAAGCGACUCACAACACUGGUUUAAGGGGUGCUACUUUGGAGCUCCGGGUGAAGCCGAGCCCGAGGUCCUCGGAUCUGAGUGUGUACCGCUACGUGGUCUGCUUUCGAGUGCGAUUCAUUAUCCAUACCAUGGAUGGUGGCACGGUGCACCUACUGACGAUGCCUUACGACGACCAUUUGGACCAGCUAUUCUCAAAUUUCAGGAGGAGCUUCCUUCGGUACAAGCCGUUACAAAGUUCCUUCUCCGCCGACAAUGUCGUCGUCAACUGGAUCCUUCGGCUUUAUCAUAA